GACCCUGAGGAUGCUGUGCCUGUUGGGCAGAGGAGGGCUUGGUGCUGGUGCAUGUGUUUUGGAUUGGCCUUUAUGCUGGCGGGUGUGAUCCUGGGUGGUGCCUACCUGUACAAAUACUUUGCAUUCCAGCAGGGUGGUGUGUAUUUCUGUGGAAUAAAGUACAUCGAAGACGGCUUAAGUUUGCCUGAGCCUGGGGCAGAAGCUCAGAGUGCUCGCUACCACACGAUUGAGCAAAAUAUUCAGAUCCUGGAGGAGGAAGAUGUUGAGUUUAUCAGUGUGCCAGUCCCUGAGUUUGCUGACAGCGACCCUGCUGAUAUCGUCCAUGACUUCCACCGGAGACUCACUGCCUAUCUUGACCUUAGCCUGGAUAAGUGCUAUGUGAUUCCUCUGAACACUUCAGUUGUUAUGCCACCAAAAAAUUUCCUGGAGCUGCUCAUCAACAUCAAGGCUGGAACAUACUUGCCUCAGUCCUAUUUGAUUCACGAACAGAUGAUUGUUACUGAUCGCAUUGAAAACGUGGAUCAGCUGGGAUUCUUUAUUUACCGCCUCUGCCGUGGCAAGGAAACCUAUAAACUACAGCGCAAAGAAGCCGUGAAAGGAAUUCAGAAGCGUGAAGCCGUCAAUUGCCGAAAGAUUCGACACUUUGAAAACAGGUUUGCUAUGGAAACGCUCAUCUGUGAACAGUAAUGAGGAAUAUUACUGUUACAGGAGACUUAAAAACUACAGUAUGACCCCACCCUUUGUAUUGUGUGCAGUGAUUAUUUUUUAAAAUCUUCUUUUAUGUCAGUAGUGGACAGGGCUUUAUUGCUGAACACCUUCCAUUCUUUUCAUCUCAUGAUACAUGUAAAAUCAAUAUGGUUUAGUUUUUCCUUAUUUUCAGGUGUGGUGUUCUUAUAUUUCAAUAGCAAUUGUAUAAAGACUUAGUUGCUAGUGCAUUUCAUGUGAUGAAUACUAGGAAGAAGGGAAAGUCUUUGCAAUAUCCACCAGUUUUUAAUUAAGUAAAACUGAAAAGAAUUAUUAAUGUACAAACGGACUGCAAGAGCUACUUCUAACUGUAAUAUUACCUGCUAUACUGUUUGUUACAGCAUAUAGACAAACCCGUAUUUGACUCUCCCUAACCAAGUGCAAUUUGUUUUGUUUUUAAAAUACUGUCAUAUUUACCUUUUUAGAUUGAUUUCUGACUUGAUGUUUUAAAAUGGCAAGUGUUUGCUGUAACAAUCUUUUAGAAAAUUAAGAAGUAACUUAUGUUACUAACUUGUAUAUAAUCCAUGUAUGUGCAAUGGAAAAUAAAUCUUAUAAACCUGUUUGUCUAAAA